AUUCUGGUGGCCUCUGAAUUUCUUCCGAAGGUACUUUUUACAUCACAGUUGUUCACGUUAUACAAACCGCGGAACGGCAAUGAAUUUCGUGAAGGAAAUUGUUAGUUGGCAUGAUCCCAUCAAAUCAGGAAUAGUCGCGGCUGUUGGGUUGACAUCCCUUCUGAGUCUGUCUUGUAUGUCCCUAAUAUCUUUUAUCGCCUACGCCGGGAUGUCGUUAAUAUGCUGCACUGCUGCUUGGAAGUUUUAUAAUGUUAUUACUCUUCCGUUCAAAUCAAAUUCAUCUAAAGAUCCAUUUCA